AUGAGUGGGAUUCACAGGUUUCUCACUCGGCGUGAUAAGAGUAAACAUGCUAAGCCGAAUAAUGAAGAGACUUUGAAAUAUGUUGCUCGUUCCGAUCUGCACAACCUCCUCGCCCCCGAACCUCCUGCCGAGGGGGAUAAAGAACAAGAAAAGAAGAUAAAGCUUCUUGGGAAUCGAAUUGCACAGCUUGGUAUUACAAAUCUCAAGGAUGAUCACAUUGGAAAUGCUCUGCAAUCAGACUAUGCGCAAGGCAACGUGGACAAGGCCUUUGAGCUGUUGCUCCUGGUAGAAGACUCCAUCGAGGGAAUCAUACGAGAUUACUCGCCUAGCACCAAGCUUCUAGGUGCGGAGAAUCGUCAAGGUGUGACCUGUUAUCUUGACUCACUGCUCUUUGCCAUGUUCGCUCGCCUGGAUUGCUUCGAGGCGAUCCUUUACAAGUCAUUCAACGAUGAACCUCGCCAAAGACUCUCCGUCUUGCUCAAACUUUGGGUCAAUAUGCUGCGGUCGGGAAUGCUCAUCACGACGGAUAUUACUGAACGCCUGCAAAACGCGCUCUCCGACUGUGGAUGGGAAGAUGCGGCCGAACUUCGUCAACAGGAUGCUUCCGAGGCAUUCACCUUCAUCACGGAAAAGCUAGAGCUCCCGCUUCUCACGCUAAAGAUGGAUAUCUAUCAUACGGGGAAGGAAGACGCCAGUGAUGACCAUAAGUUUGUUAACGAGAGGCUUUUGGAGGUCGCGAUCCCGCCCGAGCCCGCCGAUGGAAAGCCGCUCACCUUGGAAGACUGCCUUGAAGCUUACUUCAACAACCGGAUUGAGGUAAAGAGAUACCUUGAACGCCGCAAUACAGUGACCUCCAUCAAGUCUACCGAUAACGUGUCCAUUUCCAAGGGCUUCAUAACGCAUAUUGAGGCCAUCGAGACCGGUUCUUCUGCUACCUCAUCACCCAACCGUUCCACUUCGCCAUGGUUUCAUGACUUGACCCCCAUGACGUCCCUGGCUGACCUCACCCCAACACCUACAGCCUCCACUGGCCGACGCCGCAGCGAUAGCAUUGUCCAGGAGCGCUUUAUCCCAGGUGAUGACGAAAACACUGCCGGAAGCUCAAACGGACCCUACCGUAAAGGCAGUUACCGGAAAGAGGUCAUGAUGCCAGCCUGGCAAUUCUUCAGCCUGAUUCCCUGGUAUACGUAUAACACCCCGACGAACGAUGCGCAGGUCGCAGCGCAUUUCUCGUCGAAGAGGCCCAUCCUCGGCCUUUGCUUGAAACGCUACUCUAUGUUGCCAAAUGGCCAAGCUGUCAGGCUUAAUACCCACAUUGACAUUCCCACCGAAAUUGGCUUGCCCCAUUUCAUCCAGGAUGAUAAGAUGGACGCAGAUGGGCCGAUCUAUGGCAACUUCAAACUCUCUCUUCAAGCCUUUGUCUGCCACCGGGGAAAUUCGGUGGAUUCGGGUCACUACAUUGCUGUUGUGAGGGGAACUCGCGCCAAUACCGCUGCUGAGGAUCCCAGGGGCACAGAAGCGGACCUCCCGGAUCCAUCAGACUAUUGGAUGCGUUUUGACGACCUGGCCGCCGAGCGGGUUACACUUGUUGAUGUCGAGCAGGCAUUGAAAACGGAGUCUCCCUACCUUUUGUUCUACCAGAUUCUCCCAAUAAAUGAGGAUGCGAGCCCUAAAGAUAUGUUGCUCGGCGAAGAUGCAAUUGACCAUGACCAGCCCCCGUCUUACAUGUCAUCGGAAUUCAUGCAAAACCUCGAUAUGAGAGAAGUAUCCCAAUCCCUGCUCGCCUUGUCGACAUCCACUUUCGAUCUUGAUCGACCCGGUGAAUCAGCCUCAACACGGCCUAGCUUUGAGAUUACGGGACCUGAUAAUUCUGAGCCAGAGUUACCCAGCAACCUACGUGGUCGUAGGCAGAGUGUUGUGUUCUCUGAUGCUGUCGGAUCCUCGGUGAAUUCCGGUAGUCUUCGGGUCUCGUCGGCAUCACCAAAACUCACUCCUCGUGAUGACGAUGGUCGGGCCUCGUUUUCCUGGUCUCGACGUGGAUCCCGGGCGACGAAGAGCAAUAUUGGAAGCCGCUCUGGUAGCCAGUCCGGCGAAAAAAGGAUCUCUGCCACCUUCUCGCGGUUCACGGGCCGCCUCAGCAGAGACAAAACUUCCCCCGACGGGAGCUAUGUGGACGGUGAGCCAGACGAAACCACCCUCCGGCUUCCCACCCCGCAGGCUGGUGAUGUAGCACCUCCCUUCAACGGCGCAGAAAUCAAUGAGAAGGCCAACAGCAAAGGCCGUGCUCGAGACCGCGAUAGAGCCAAGGGCAAGGCGAGAGAAAAGCCUCGAGACAAAGGUGGAAGGAACUUAGAUCGUGAAUGUCUCGUAAUGUGA